AUGGCUCAGACCAAUGGUGAUGUCGAGCACUCGAAAGAGUCGCCCGAACAACUCACCAACGGAAACCACCCCGAGAGUCAGGAAGAGGAGAACAAUGGCGGUCUCUUCCAGAUCUCCGUCAAGCUUCCUCAUGAACCCUACAAGAUCCAGGUGAUGGUGUCGAGUCAAGAGCAAGUCCAGGACGUCCGCCAGUCGAUCGUCGAGUUGCCCAGCACUUUCCAAUACACCUGCUUCCAUCUCGAGUUCAAUGGCAGCCGCAUCAACGACUUUGUCGAGCUGUCUGAGGUGCCCGACCUCAAGGCCGACUCGGAGAUCGUUCUCGUGGAGGACCCGUACACCGAGAAGGAGGCCCGCAUGCACGUCGUGCGUAUGAGGGAGUUGGUCGGCGCCGCCGGUGACCGAGUCGACAACCUCCACGGUAUCGACGCCGGCUUGUCGCUACACGAUGCGAUCGCCGAGGAGGCUCUUACGAAGGAGAGCUCGGAUAAGGACCACUCGCUGUCGAACUAUGACAUUGCCGGUUCCUCGUCCCUGAAGACCAUCCUUCCCAAGGCCGAAGCUCCCCUCCCGAAGACCGUCAAGUCCAUCUCGCUAUCGCCGUGGAACCCUGCUCCUUACCACCUUCGCCAGAAGGGUCACCUGUUGUACCUCCAGGUCACCACCAACGAAGGCGAGCAGUUCCAGAUCACCUCUCACGUGUCUGGGUUCUACGUGAACAAGUGCUCGAAUGUCAAGUUCGAUCCCUUCCCCAAGACCGUCGCCAAGAAGGGUAGCGCCCAUUCUCUCCUGACCCUGAUCUCUCACCUCUCGCCCUCCUUCAACUCCGCUUUCGAAGCCCUGCAGGAGUCGAACAACAAGAAGGACCUCCUGACCACCUUCCCCUUCCAGAACGCCAUCCCCAACAGUCCGUGGUUGGUCCCCCCUCCCUCCUCUAAUGUCAACGCCCACCAGCCCGACAUCACGCGAUCCCAGGAGAGCUACCUGAUCUCCGGCGUGGACAACGCGGAGACUCUGAGGGACUGGAACGAAGAGUUCCAGACCACCCGUGAGCUUCCUCGUGAGACCGUUCAAGACCGCGUUUUCCGCGAGCGCUUGACGUCCAAGUUGUUUGCCGACUACAACGAGGCUGCCGCCCGUGGUGCCGUCCUGGUUGCCAAGGGCGAGGUGGCCCCGUUGAACCCCACCGAGGAUCGGGACGCUCAGAUUUUCGUGUACAACAACAUCUUCUACUCUUUCGGUGCCGACGGUGUUGGCACUUUCGCCUCCGAGGGCGGUGACGAAGCCGCCCGCGUGGCUGUUGGCAAAGAUGUCCUGGGUAUCAAGGCUGUCAACCAGCUCGACAUCAACGGCUUGUUCACCCCCGGAACCGUCGUGGUCGACUACCUUGGCAAGCGUAUCGUCGGUCAGAGUAUCGUGCCCGGUAUCUUCAAGCAGCGUGAGCCCGGCGAGCACCAGAUCGACUACGGCGGUGUUGAGGGCAAGGACGUCGUUGCGACCCACCCCGACUUCGUUUCGGUCUUCGAGAAGCUGUCGAAGGCCCUGCGCAUCAAGAAGCAUGCUGUCUGGGAUAAGGACUCGAAGCGUCAUGAUCUCGAGGGCAGUGUCGAAACCAAGGGUCUGUUGGGCACCGACGGCCGGAAGUACGUGCUUGACCUCUACCGGGUCACACCCCUGGAUGUGACGUGGCAGGAAGAGGAGGGUAGCGACGCUUACCCUCACCGCAUGUCCGUCUUGCGACUGGAGCUGGUCGAAGCCUACUGGAGACAGAAGAUGAGCCAGUAUGUGAAGGCUGAAGUCGAGCGCCGUCGCAGCGCCAAGGCCGAGGAGACUGCGGCCAAGGAGAAGUCUGAAACUGCCGACUCCAAGGAAGAGGGCGCCGAAGAGAAGAACGAGGAGGCUUUGGAUCAGGAGCGGGUUGAUAUCUCUGGAUUCUCGCUGGCCCUGAACCCCGACGUCUGCAGCGGCCAGGUUCCCCAGACCGACGAAGAGAAGGAGCAGUGGGCCCAGGACGAGAAGGAAGUCCGGGACGCUUGCGAUUUCCUGCGUUCCAAGGUCAUGCCCGAGCUGAUCCAGGAUCUGCACGACGGAGAUGUUGGCUUCCCCAUGGACGGACAGUCGCUCAGCCAGCUCCUGCACAAGCGUGGUAUCAACAUCCGCUACCUCGGCAAGUUGGCCCAGCUGUCCUUGGAGAAGGGCUCCCGCCUGGAAGCCCUGUCGACUCUCCUUGUCCAGGAGAUGAUCGCUCGUGGCUUCAAGCACAUUGCUAACGAGUACCUGCGCAACGUGCCGGCUCCGUUCGUCGCCUCCUGCGUGGCUCAUCUGCUGAACUGUCUUAUCGGCACCGACGUCAACGCCAACCCUCGCGCCGAGAUCGACGCUGCGAUGCGCGAGAUCUACCCCGAGGCUGAUUUCUCCUUCGAGAAGGUCACUCCUGCCUCUCUGCGGGCCGACAUUGAGAAGCAGGUUACUCUUCGCUACCGCUUUACCUUGGCACCCGAAUGGUUCAGCUCCCUGCGACACUUGCAGCUUCUCCGUGACAUCUCCAUCAAGCUGGGUCUCCAGCUUGGCGCGCGUGAGUUUGCAUUCGAGAAGUCGCAGCUGCCCAAGGUUCCCGCCACCAACGGUGUGAACGGUGCUGGCAACGAUGAUGGCAAGAAGAACAAGAAGAAGAAGGGCGGCGACUCCAACUCGCCCGCUCGUGCUGCUUCCCCCGAGAAGCCUGCGCUUUCUAUCGUUCCGGACGAUAUUCUUAACAUCGUGCCUCUCGUUAAGGACGCGUCGCCCCGUAGCUCCCUUGCCGAGGAGGCUCUGGAGGCUGGUCGUAUCUCCCUCAUGCAGAACCAGAAGCAGCUGGGCCAGGAGCUCAUCUUGGAAUCUCUUUCUCUGCAUGAACAGAUCUACGGCAUUCUCCACCCCGAGGUUGCCAAGCUUUACCAUCAGCUUUCCAUGCUCUACUACCAGACCGACGAGAAGGAGGCUGCCGUUGAGCUGGCGCGCAAGGCUGUCAUCGUGACCGAGCGUACCUUGGGUGUUGACUCUGCCGACACCAUCCUCAGCUACCUCAACCUCAGUCUGUUUGAGCACGCCUCUGGAAACACCAAGACCGCUCUGGCCUACAUCAAACAUGCCAUGGACCUGUGGAAGAUCAUCUACGGAUCUAACCACCCCGACUCUAUCACCACCAUGAACAACGCCGCCGUGAUGCUGCAACACCUCAAGCAGUACACUGAUUCUCGGAAGUGGUUCGAGGCUUCGCUUGUGGUUUGUGAGUCGCUCUUCGGCAAGCAGUCCAUCAACACCGCCACGAUCUUGUUCCAGCUGGCGCAAGCCCUGGCUCUUGACCAGGACUCCAAGGCCGCCGUUGGUAAGAUGCGCGAUGCCUACAACAUCUUCCUCAGCCAGCUCGGACCCGACGACCGGAACACCAAGGAGGCCGAGACUUGGCUGGAACAGCUCACCCAGAACGCUGUUUCCAUCGCUAAGCACGCCAAGGACAUCCAGGCUCGUCGUCUGCGCCGCAUCAACAUGAACACCCGGUCCCUGGGCACCAAGGUCCAGCCCGGUGUCGGCCAGUCGGCUCCCGAGGCAUCUGGCGCCGGAGGCUCCUCGUUGGAUUCCCGUAGCGUUGAUGAAUUGCUGAAGUUCAUCGAGGGUGGUGACGCCAGCGCGUCGCGCUCCAAGCAGAAGAAGCGUGCCGCUGCCAGCAACCCUAAGCUCCGGGGAUCGAAGAAGUCAUCGGCUUAA